CACACAGGGGGAGAGAGAGAGAGAGAGAGAGAGAGCGCCACCACUUGAGAUCUACAGUGUAAUAUCCUCUCAUCUCCUUCUUAAAUUCUGUCACGAGUGCUCAAUGUAAAACCUCUGAGAAAAUAACUCAAAUCUUUCAAUGAAUUUCACUCGCAUUGAUCACCCGUGUCAACUCAGUUUGAAGUUCAGUCUUUCUUGUUUCUUUCUCUCUGUUUGAGCCAUCAUAGGUUCAAACCCGAACUGGGUAUUUCAAUUUCUGAGAGCUUUGGUGAUCCUCGACCUGAAUGGAGGUUUUUCGGCUGUGUUCGCCGGAGCUCCGGUGAGUCACAAAGCUCCCCGGUUGAGCUCCGAUAACCAAAGUACCAUGUUGAAUUGAAGCUGAGAAGCGAAAAUGUUCAAGUCGGCGCGAUGGAGGAGCGAGAAAAACAAGAUCAAAGCUGUUUUCAAGUUACAGUUUCAUGCAACUCAGGUAUCCCACAUAGCUGGGGAUGCAUUGAUUAUAUCUGUGGUUCCUGCGGAUGUUGGAAAGGCGACAUUCAGAUUAGAUAGAGCGACAAUUAAAGAUGGAAGCUGUUAUUGGGAGAAUCCGGUGUAUGAAACAGUGAAGUUCGUUCAGGAGCCUAAAACGGGGAAGAUUCAUGAAAGAAUCUAUCAUUUUGUUGUAUCAACUGGGUCAUCAAAGGCUGGUGUUGUUGGAGACGCUUCCAUUGAUUUUGCAAACUAUGCUGAGGCAACUAAGAUAUCCUCCAUCUCUCUUCCCCUUAAAAAUGCAAAAUCUGAGGCUUUAUUGAAUGUUUCAAUUCAAAGGAUGCAGGAUUCUAUUGAUCAAAGAGAAGUUGAAGAAACUGAAUAUGCAAAACCUAAUGCACAUGAUAGGAGCUUGAGGGCGCAGUUUACCAAUGGUGGUGCAGACAGAAGCAUCAAAAGCAAUUCUGCUGAAGAUGAGCCUUUUAAUAAGACCAUUUCUGAUGUUGCUGAGGUAAAUGGGAACCGACGGGCUUCUAGUGGAUCUGAUGUUACAUUGUCAAGUUCUGACAGCGGCUCUGGACUUGAUACACCACGAGAACUUGGAGUGAAGAAAAAUGACAUCCAUGACUCUAAUGGCUUCAUAUCAUCAGAUGGUCAUGCCUCAGUGCCUCAGCAGACAAACAUUGAUGCCUCAAUAAUAAUUUAUGAUGAGCAUCAAAGAUCACAGUGGGAGUGGCUAGGAGGUUCUGCUCCAGAAGCAAGUACAGAUGACUCAUCAAGCAGUCCGAGAGGAACCCUUAUACAAGAAAGGUCUCAAGAGGCUUCAGAUACAGUGAUUGAAAAGUUCAAAGCUGAGCUUGCUGUUUUGUCUAGGCAGGCAGAAAUGUCAGAGUUGGAACUACAGACUCUCCGUAAGCAAAUUGUGAAGGAAAGCAGAAGGGUACAAGAUCUCUCAAGAGAAAAUGUUAGCCUGAAGGAAGAGAGGAAUGUUUUGAAAAGAGAGAGUGAAAAGCUGAAGGCUGUUCAGGAACAUAUAAAUGAAGCAAAAGUUAAGAACAAGGUACAAUUUGAAGGAGGUGGUCCUCAGGCUUUUCUUGAAGAACUCAAACAAGAAUUGAGUUAUGAGAAAGAUCUAAAUGCCAAUCUUCGUUUACAGCUUCAGAAGACGCAAGAAUCGAACUGUGAGUUGAUUCUGGCUGUGCGUGACCUAGAUGAAAUGGUGGAGCAGAAGAAUAGGGAGAUAAUAAAUAUUUCUAACAAGUCCAUAACAAGUGGGAAUGCCAAACAGUUGCAACGAACAAACUCCCAAAGUGAAACAGAUGUUGAUGAAGAGCAAAAAGCAUUAGAAGAGCUCGUUAAGGAGCACAGUGAUGCCAAUGAAGCAUAUCUACUGGAGCAAAAGGUCAUGGACCUAUGUAGUGAGAUAGAGAUAUACAGGAGAGAUAAAGAUGAGCUUGAGAUGCAGAUGGAGCAGCUUGCCCUUGACUAUGAGAUUUUGAAGCAGGAAAAUCAUGAUAUCUCAUAUAAACUGGAGCAAAGUCAGCUCCAAGAACAACUCAAGAUGCAGUAUGAAUGUUCAUCUUCUUAUGCCAUCAUCCAUGAGCUUGAAACCCAGAUUGAGAGCUUGGAAGAAGAACUCAAUAAGCAAUCAAAAGAAUUUGCGGACUCCAGAGUCAGCAUAAAUGAGCUUGAAACUCAUGUCAAGAGCUUGGAGGAAGAACUAGAAAAGCAGGCCCAAGGAUUUGAAGCUGAUCUGGGAGAUCUUACAUGUGCCAAGUUUGGGCUCGAAACCCAGAUUGAGAGCUUGGAAAAUGAACUCAAGAAGCAAUCAAAAGAAUUUUCAGACUCCGUAGUCGCCAUAAAUGAACUUGAAACUCAAGUCAAGAGCUUGGAGGAAGAACUAGAAAAGCAGGCACGUGGAUUUGAAGCUGAUCUGGAAGAUCUCACGCGUGCCAAAAUCGAGCAGGAGCAGAGAGCCAUACGAGCAGAGGAAACCUUGAGGAAGACACGGUGGCAAAAUGCUAAUACGGCAGAGAGGCUCCAGGAGGAAUUUAGAAGACUCUCUCUGCAAAUGGCAUCUACUUUUGAUGCCAAUGAGAAGCUGGCUAUGAAAGCAUUGACUGAAGCCCAUGAACUCCGUUUACAGAAAAGCCAUCUUGAAGAAAUGCUCCUGAAAGCUAAUGAAGAGCUCCAGUCAGUUAGGGACAGUUAUGAAGAUAAAUUAGAUGAUCUUUCCAGCCAAAUAGCUUCAAAGAUGAAUCAAAUUGAGCAGAUGCAGUCAAAAGUUGAUGAUAAAUCCAAACAGCUUGAACAUACAAAAAACCAUGAUGAAGAAACUCACAGGAGCCUCUCACAGGAAAUCCGAAUGCUCAGGGCUGAGAUGGUAAAACUCACAAAAGAAAAUAAUAUCCUUUCUGAUCAAGCAGAAGAGAAAGAAACUCUGAGAGCUGAACUGGAACAAAUGAAAGCAUCAAUUAUGGAAGCUGAAAUGCUGUCAGAAAGUCAAAAUACUGAAAAAAUUAAACUACAAAACACGAUCACUCUGAUGAAGAAGGAAAUGGAGAACUUACUGGAAGAAUUAAACGUUAUGAGGUGUCUUAAUGAGGAGAAGGAAUUUGUAGUUGGAAAUCUGCAGUUGGAGGUGGAAAGCUUUAAAGUCCAAUGUGAUGAAUUGAGACAUACGUUGAUGGAGGAUGAGUUGGAGAGCGGGAAACUCAGGAAGCAGGUACUCCAAUUAAAAGCAGACCUAAAGAAGAAGGAGAAUGCAUUCAAUGGUAUUGAGAAGCAGCUCAAGGAUAGCAGUGGUCGAGCAACAGGUUUGGAUGUAACCAAAUCGAUUUCAAGAAAUAACAGAUCUAUCCCUGCUCCUCGUAGCUCUAAAGAGAUUGUGAAUCAGAAGGAGAAAAUAAAAUUUCUCGAGGAUAAGAUAAAGCAGAAGGAAACUGCUCUUGAAACCUCAACAAAUAAAUUUUUGGAGAAGGAGAAAGAUCUUCAGAAUAAAAUCGACGAUUUAGAAAGAAGACUAGAAGAACUUGAUCGAAACAGCACCAGUAUUUGUGAAUAUGAAUGCGGGAAGGUAGCUGAGGAAGCUGGUGACCUCACUCAGAAUGGUAACACUAGUGGGAAUUUGAGCAUUAUGCCAUCAAUGUCCAAUGGAAGUCGAAAAAGCAUGGAUGAAAUUUUAACCGAGAAAGAACAGAUGGUCUCUGCUAUUGAUACCAAAGAUCAAACAGACCUUCAGGAGUUACUAAAUGAAAUGGCAAUACUGAAAGAGAGGAACAAAUUGAUGGAAUGUGAACUGAAGGAAAUGCAGGAGAGAUAUUCAGAAAUAAGUCUCAAAUUUGCCGAGGUAGAGGGUGAAAGACAACAGCUUGUAAUGACUGUACGCAACCUUAAAAACACCAAAAAGAGCUAGUAGCUACUCCCUAAAAAACUGGAAACUGGCUGCUAUGGAUAGGCUUCUCUUUGCGGAGAGUCCAGAUGUGACAGUUCUUGGAGUAUCGUCAACAAUAAAAUCAUAUGUAAAUUCGUAAUAUAUGUUUUUUUGUUCUUGCAAAUAAUAUGUAUUUUUCAUUGGUUAUAGUAGAAAUUCACCAAGUUUUCCCGUGUAGGUUGAUGCUCUUCUGUAUACACAAUCCUCAAACUUCUAUGAUACAUGUGAAAACAUUUGAUUAAGAAUAUAUUCUAUUGACUUAUGUUUGUUAAAAUCAGUUUUAUCUCUUUACUAGC